UAGAAAGGGCAAAGCCCAAAAGUAACGGGUCGGCUCCCACUUUAGUUAAGAAAACAAACCCUCCUCCAUUUUCAAGUCCAUCACUCAUCAGCCCCCCACUAGAACCUUCGAAGAGGUGGCCUUCCUUCUUCUCUCUUACCCUUUCCCUAAUUAACUUGUAGUAAUUAGGGUUUCUCUAGGGUCUUACUUGGAACCCAUUUCCCUCCAAUUCUCAAUCCGGGUCGUACAGUUGCAGAACCAAGAUUCAAUGGUCCGGUCCCACGGCAUCCGCCUCGCCCGCCGCUCCCUUUCCUCCAUUCUGCUCCACAAUUCGCCGUCCUCUUUAUGUGAUUCGUUGUUGAAAGAGGGCUGCAGGAACUUCAGCACUGCGUUGUUUGAUCAAUCUAGAGUUCCUUUUAGUUCCAAUUUUGGAAAUGUUGGUAAUGAGAAGUAUUGUAUGAAGCUGGGAUCAUUUGGUGAAAAUUUAGGCGCAGCACGGUCAAUUCAUAGCACUGCACAUUUGUCAAGAGAUUAUUACGAUGUACUGGGCAUCAGUAAAAAUGCAACUGCGUCAGAAAUUAAAAAAGCUUAUUAUGGGCUAGCAAAGAAGUUACAUCCAGAUACAAAUAAAGAUGACCCAGAAGCUGAGAAGAAAUUCCAAGAAGUUCAGAAGGCAUAUGAGGUCUUGAAAGAUGAAGAAAAGCGCCAGCAAUAUGAUCAGAUUGGCCAUGAAGCUUUUGAACGCGCUGGUAAUGGCGAAGGUCCAGGAUUUGAUCCAUUUGGAGGUGGCUUUAAUCCUUUCCAGGACAUAUUUAGAAAUGCUGAUAUUUUUAACAUCUUCAACAGGGACAUGGGGGGCGAAGAUGUCAAGGUUUCAGUUGAACUUUCCUUUAUAGAAGCUGUCCAGGGAUGCACCAAAACAUUGUCAAUCCUGACUGAUUUGGCUUGCAAUACUUGUGGUGGAACUGGCGUUCCUCCUGGGACCAGGCCUGAAACUUGUAAACGCUGUAGAGGCUCUGGCAUGACUAUAUCACAAAAUGGUCCGUUCACACUUCAAUCUACUUGUCCAAAUUGCGGAGGAGCUGGAAAAAUUGUAUCGAGCUUCUGCAAGUCUUGCAAGGGUAAACGGGUGGUGAAAGGGACAAAAACAGUGAAGUUGAACGUCAUGCCCGGGGUGGACAACAAUGAAACUAUUAAGAUUCCCAGAAGUGGCGGAGCUGACCCUGAUGGAAAUCAUCCUGGUGAUCUAUAUGUCAUGAUCAAGGUUAGAGAAGACCCAGUGUUCCGCAGAGAAGGGGCUGAUAUCCAUGUUGAUGCAGUAUUAAGCAUCAGUCAGGCAAUCCUGGGAGGAACAAUCCAGGUGCCAACUCUGACUGGGGAUGUUGUCGUUAAGGUGCGACCUGGCACUCAACCUGGCCAAAAGGUGGUGUUGAGGAAAAAAGGGAUUAAAAUCAGAAACUCUUUUUCGUUCGGCGAUGAGUACGUGCACUUCAAUGUCAGCAUCCCGACAAACCUGACCCAGAGGCAGCGCCAAUUGAUUGAGGAGUUUGCCAAAGAAGAGCAAGGGGAAGAUGAUAAAGGGGCAGCUGCAAGUGCAUCAGGUUGAACCCUAUAACAACUCUGUCGUGCAUUAAAUUGGCAGUGCUGAAGAAAAAGAAUCAUAAAUUCAUACAUGGCCUUCAUUUCCUGGAGGUGAAAGAUUUUGGCCAAGCAAUUUUGAGUUAGGAGGUAGAAGAUUACAAUAUUUUUGUACCUUCCCGUUGUGGGGUAGGAUAUGUAAUAUUUCUUGGUAUCCAAAACUAUCCAUAAUAAACCUGAGAACAUCAGAAGAACAACAAUUGUUAUAGAUGGUAUUGUGCUGAAAAUCAGGUUGGCCAGCAGUUAACAAUGUUGUACAUAAAACACAUUAGUUUUCAGAAGAUGCAGCCACUAGAUGCUUGUUAGUUUCAUUUAGUGACUUGCUAUAGCAGCUCACAUCUCUCCGAGCUAUAUUGAUCUUACAGAUCCGCAUAUAAACUCCUUAUGUUCAU